GCCAGUACAGAGCUCCCUGAAGGCUGGUUGGGUUGGUGAGGCCUGAGGAAUAGCUUCUGGAAUUUCUGAGAAUCCCUGCUCAAUACAAGAUGGACCCUGUGGUCUUGAGUUAUAUGGACAGUCUAUUGCGGCAAUCAGAUGUCUCACUAUUGGACCCUCCAAGCUGGCUCAACGACCACAUUAUUGGGUUUGCCUUUGAAUACUUUGCCAAUAGUCAGUUUCAUGACUGCUCAGACCAUGUCUGCUUCAUCAGCCCUGAAGUCACCCAGUUCAUUAAGUGCACCAGCAGCCCUGCAGAAAUUGCCAUGUUCCUUGAACCCCUGGAUCUUCCCCACAAAAGAGUGGUAUUUUUAGCCAUCAAUGAUAAUUCUAACCAGGCAGCNGGAGGUACCCACUGGAGUUUGUUGGUUUAUCUCCAAGAUAAAAAUAGCUUCUUUCAUUAUGAUUCCCAUAGCAGGAGCAACUCAAUCCAUGCAAAGCAGGUAGCAGAGAAACUGAAGGCUUUCUUAGGGAGCAAAGGAGACAAACUGGUCUUUGUGGAAGAGAAAGCCCCAGCUCAACAGAACAGCUAUGACUGUGGGAUGUACGUGAUAUGUAACACCGAGGCCUUGUGUAAGAAUCUCUUUAGACGACAGCCAGAAUCCCCACUGCAGCUACUCACCCCAACAUACAUCACAAAGAAGAGAGGAGAAUGGAAAGAUCUAAUUGCCAGACUUGCUAAAAAAACGAAGUAGCUACUGAANAAUGCUUGUGAUGUUUGAAGUCUGGUCUUUCUGCCUUUCUCUAUGGUGACAGCCUCAGUGCCUGAGGGAAAACCACUAGUAGAUGAAAGUUUACAAUUCCUGCUUCUUUAUUGUUCUGAAAGAAUGUCAUCCUCUGUGUUCUCUGAAUGGGAAGUUUCACUGUAACCCUGAGGAAAGCGGUACAUUCUGUGGAAAUGUCUUGAACUUACGUACCAAAACCUUAGUAACAAACCACUCACUACCCAGUUUCAAGUAAGAGCNUUCUUUUCUUGUUGGUAUAAAACUAUUAUCCCUUUUGGUCUCCCUUCCUUGUUGGCUUAUUCCAAAGAAGUGAUGUUCCAAAGCAAACCAAUAACAUGAAGUCUAAAGACAUGCACGAAGAAAACAGCAGAAGAACCAACAUCUUUGUUUCACAGCCAUAGUGAGAGAGGCAUCCGACUGGAGGUGGAUCAUUACCUAACUCNACUUAUAGCCUUUGGUUUAUAAAAAUAAGGCAUUCUCUGGUGCAAAGGCUUUCCCGUCUGCAAAUACUUAAUAAAGAUGACUUUAGCUCAUCUUUAUCUAUUUCCUGGAAUGCUUUAAGAACAUGGAACUUCAUUAAAAUAAAUGGCUGUGGAUUGGGAACAUAACUUUGAGGAAGAGCACCUGCUGUGGUNUGCAGGAAGCCUUGAACUCAAUUCCAAAUUGCAGUAAAUAAAAACAAAACAAAACCACCUGCUGGUGUGUGGUGCAUCUCUGGUUUCCCUGAGUGAGUGGGUGACUCAGCUCUAAGUGAUGAUGACUUUGUCUUUACAUGGAUGUAGUCCCUCCCUUUAACUAACAUGCUUUAGUUCUCAAGCUCACAGGAUCACCAACCAAGACUAGCUGUUAUUUCAGACAUGUUCUACUUUUGGUAGAUAGAGCUUUUACACUAAUCUAGCAGAGUUGUUUUCAGGUAUGUUGUGGUAAUCUCCAUACUAUUAAUGAUCUAAAACAUAGGAGCAGUUUAGUUUUUAAAUAUAAAGGGAAAAAAUGUCACCUUCCUCAAACUUAAUCCAAAAAGUAAAUGGUAUAACUUUAAAAUAUGGAAACAAGAGUAAAAUGAAAUAUUACUCCCCACAAAGCUAUUGAUAAAUUUUUCUAGUUGUUUCAAGUAAUUAACACAAGAAGUUGGGCACACAUAAUAAUUAGACCCCGAUAACAAUUUGCAAUGUAUAUGGGAUGUAAAACACGAAAGAUGUGAUUCACUCACUGAAACUGACUUCAGCUACUUCUCCACUCUAACCCUGACCCCAGCCUUCAUAACCCAAAA